ACCAGACUACGACGAUGCUGAUGGCGGCGGCCGCGGAGCGGAACAAGGAUCCCAUCCUGCGCGUGCUGCGGCAGUACGUGGACCCGGCCCAGCGCGGCGUUCGCGUACUCGAGGUGGCCUCGGGCUCCGGCCAGCACGCGGCCCACUUCGCGCGGGCCUUCCCCUACGCCGAGUGGCAGCCGUCCGACGUGGACCAGCGCUGCCUGGACAGCAUUGCAGCCACCACUCAGGCCCAUGAGCUGCCCAACGUGAAAGCCCCUCUGUACCUGGACGUGACCUGGGAUUGGGAGCAGUGGGGCGGGAUCCUGCCGCAAUCCCUGGACCUGCUACUCUGCAUCAACAUGAUCCACAUCAGCCCCCUGAGAUGCACUGAGGGGCUUUUCAGAGCAGCAGGACACCUGCUCAAACCCAAGGCGCUGCUCAUCACCUAUGGGCCCUAUGCCAUCAAUGGGAAGAUUUCUCCUCAGAGUAACGUGGACUUUGACCUGACCCUCAGAUGCAGAAAUCCAGAGUGGGGGCUGCGGGACACAGCCCUUUUGGAAGACCUGGGCCAGGCUAGCGGCCUGCUCCUGGAGAGGAUGGUAGGUGGAGAGAGGACUGUGGUCAGGUGCAGCCUCCCUGGGGACCAGAGGCAGCUUCUCCAGCCAAAGUGUCUCCUAUAGGUGGACAUGCCAGCCAACAACAAGUGCCUAAUUUUCCGGAAAGAGUAACCCCCUCCUCCAGUAUGCCUAUGUCCCUGGGAUAAACCCAGACUACCAGCACCUGCUUCCCUGGGCCACACUAUGGGGACUGGCUCUGCCCAGGCUAGGAGUUCUUGACCAGUGGCCACAAGGCUGCUGAGAGCCUGGAAAUAAAAGUGUUUCCUGCUGCCCCAC